UCGCAAAUCUACUUGUAGCUAGCUGGAGGAGGAUCGCCACGUGGUAGCGCAGAACUGUGCUCACCAUUGUUGCUCUCAAGCUCUCUCAGCUCACGCUGGUCAUCUAAAAAUAUUUUAGGAGAAUAGUUUGCGUAUCCGUAGGCGUACGUUUGCUGUGGGAUCAAGCCCUCGAAGAAUCGAUUUUCCUCGGCAUCAAGAUCAGUUGUAGGGACUCGCUUUCUUCCCUCGAAAGAUGGUGAAAUAUUUGGUUUCGAGUGACGAAGAUUCAUCAGAUGAUGAGCUGGACGGACCCGUGGAGCAAGCCCCAAUAGCCGUUGGCUGGGUUAAGGUGGAUGAGGAGCAUUCGGUUGGCAUUUCCUCCUUGCCAGGCUGUGUAUAUGGUGGUUUGCGGAGGAGCUUACGAUAUGAUGUGGAUUACUUGCGUGACAUGGGCAUCCAGGAGUCAUUUGUAUUGUGUCCAUUCAGUGAGCUGAGAGCAAUGAAGGUGCGCAAUCUCAUGUGGGAGCUGGAUGAAGUCGGCAUCAAUGUUCACCAUGCACCGAUCAACCCUGCGGCAGACCUGGACUUGGCAGCAUGCAACAAGAUCCUUGAUGACUUGCAGGAAGCCGUCUUGGCAGGGAAAUCAACUGUUUUGCAUUGCUUACAUGGAUGUGGACGCUCUAGCGUGAUGGCUGCUUUGCUGAUUCUUCGCCUAAACAGUGAGCUAAGCGCGGAUACAGCUAUCGACAUUGUGCGUAAUUACUAUGGCCCAAGCGCAAUCUGUUCUGUCAGACAAUACAACUUCAUGAGAGAGUAUCAGGAACGUGUGCUGGAGCAAGAAGCCAGUCAAGCAGCAGCAGCAGCAGCAGCAGCGCCGCCAGCAGCAGCAAGCACAGAAGAGCCAAUGGCAGUGUGUGCUGAAGAUUCGAUGGCAGCAACGGCGGCAGCUGCGGCAGUUGUAACGGUAUCCACAACAUCGUCUUCCAGUGCAGCACCUGCCUGUUAAUGCCUAUGUAGGUGAUCUUGAAUAUUGAGCUUCCUGUGGUGUGUUGGUUUGGUGAGCAGCUAUGGUUUUGCCUUUUAUUAUCCAGCAUAGCAGAUCAGCUUAUCUCCGCUUACUUUACAUGCUGCUUACCAGUACGUACACACGGCCACCAGUGAAUCCUGAACAGUUGAUUGUCUUUGGGUGAGUGUGACACGUUUUCCCCUGUGCUUCGUUGCUUACGUCUAGUGAGGUACAAUGUACUUGUCGUGUAUGUGUGUGUAUGUGUGUGUAUGUGUGUGUGUGUGUGUGUGUGUGUGUGUGUGUGUGUGUGUGUGUGUGUGUGUGUGUGUGUGUGUGUGUGUGUGUGUGUGUGUGUGUGUGUGUGUGUGUGUGCGUGUGUGUGCGUGUAUUUGUACGUUUUCGAUAAAUCGGUUAGCGUGGACAGUGUGUUAUACGGAUGAUCUUGAUGCUAUGUAAGCCACCCAUGCUUAUUAUUAUUGUUGCCGGUAAUUGCAAGAGGGCACGAUUGACCCGUUUUUUCUCCAUCCAAAACAUAUGGAUGAGCUGUUGCUACAUGACCAUCAUGGUCCUGUCUGAGACUCUUUCCCCAUCCGUUUUCUUUUCUACUCUGGUCUUUUAGUUUUGAGACUCUUUCCCCGUCCGUUUUCUUUUCUACUCCGGUCUUUUAGUUGCUUUGCAGAACUCCUUUUGGCCUGCAAAUGAUCAGUUUUUGUUUGAGUACGUUUUCCACAUUUUCUAUUGUUAUUAUACUGUAGGUGCAGGUUCUGCAGUGUAGGUUAGAGGUUUCUUACAAUUUUAGUACACCUUUUGUCUGUAUAAUGCUUGUUAUUCCAAGUAGCAGGAUGACACACAUCUCCCGCUCAUUCA